CUGACCAAAUACUGCCUGGUCGAAUUCCAUAGAAUCAUGGACGUUGAUUUGUAUGGUUUUUAUAUUCAAAUAUACGGAGAAGGAAGACGACGAACCUCGCCAACGUCUGCUAAGUAAGAUCCAACAGCUUAACAAAGAAAAACCUAUAAUGAAUGUUAUGAAACACCUGGAUAUUGGUAAACUUGAAGAACAAGAACAACAAAAAGAUCCGUACGAUAUGGACAACGAAAAUGACACUGAUAUCGUUGAUGGUCCACUUCUAACAAUUGGUGAAGAAUAUUCAAAUGAUAAACAACCUUUAAUUCUAACUUAUUAUCGAUACAUGUACACAAAUGGAGAACAUUACAAUAGUACAAGACCGUUAAAAUUGAAAGAAAAUAACGAACACGAUGGUGAAGAAGAUAAAUAUCUAGAAUAA